CGUCUUAUAUAAAUACACACACAUUGAGAUAGGAAUAGAAAAUAACAUGAGGCUCCGUUUCACCUGAACCCAUACGCCGUCGUUUUCUGUUUUCUCUGCGCCGGAGAAUGGCGAUUCCGUGCUGGGACGACGUCGUUUUGAUCGAGAAAGGGAAGAGUUCUGGUGAUACCUCCGUCGUUACGGUCAAUUGUCCUGAUAAAGCCGGCCUGGGCUGUGACCUCGCCAGGAUUGUCCUCGAAUUUGGCCUCUAUAUCACCCGUGGAGAUUUCUCUACUGAUGGAAAAUGGUGUUAUGUGGUAUUGUGGGUUGUUCCACGCCCAAUCUCAUUGAAAGUUGAUUGGGAGAGCUUGAAAACCCGGCUUUUAUCUGCUUGUCCAUCAUGUUUGCCUACAUUUUACUUGACUCAGUCCAGCAACUCUUCUCAACCACCUCCAUUGUAUCUUUUGAAGGUUUUUUCACUGGAUCGUAAAGGUUUAUUACAUGAUGUCACAAAAGUGCUAUCUGAGCUUGAGUUGCUAAUCCACAGAGUAAAAGUGAUGACGACCCCAGAUGGCAAAGUCUUGGACCUUUUCUUAAUUACAGAUGUCAUGGACUUGCUGCACACCAAAAAGAGACGAGAUGACACUUGCGAACAUAUCAAUGAUGAAAUAGGAGAGGAUUGUAUUAGCUGCGAACUUGAUCUGGCAGGUCCCGAGUACGAAAGUCAGUUGGGUUUAUCUUCUCUUUCUAAAGCAGUUUGUGAAGAAUUGUUUUGUUGUGAGCUUUCUGAUAGAGAAGCCUGUUCACAAGCCCUGAGUGCUGAGAUAACUAAAGUUAAGAAGGCCACUAUCACAGUUGAUAAUCAUCUGAGCCCAGCACACACCUUGCUUCAAAUACAGUGUGUUGAUCAGAAGGGACUUGUCUAUGAUAUUUUGAGAACUGCAAAGGACUGCAAUAUUCAGAUUGCAUAUGGAAGAGUCCCUCCAAGUGUAAAGGGUUAUCGUACUCUGGACUUGUUCAUUCAAAAAUCAGACGGAGGAAAGAUCAUAGAUCGCGAGUUUCAGGAUACCCUGUGUUCUCGUUUGAAGGAGGAGAUGUUGCAUCCAUUGCGAGUCACCAUCACUAAUCGCGGUCCAGACACAGAACUUUUGGUUGCUAAUCCAGUUGAAUUAUCAGGAAAGGGAAGGCCUCGUGUUUUCUAUGAUGUAACUCUCGCCCUAAAGAUGCUAGGAAUAUGUGUCUUCUCCGCUGAAAUUGGAAGACAUUCAACAGAAGAUCGCCAAUGGGAGGUUUACAGAUUCCUUUUAAUCGACAGCCGCGAAUUUCCAUUAGCCAGCAAACGAGCUAAAAAUGAAAUCGCGGAUAGAGUGAGGAGAACACUGAUGGGCUGGUAAGAGAACAUUUGGCAAUCUGACGGGUUUACAUUACAUAUUGAGAUUUGAGAAUAUACUUUUCUGCAUCGACCAUGUCCCUUGCCUGGCAUCGGAGAUACUUACCAGCCACAAGUCGAUGCACCAGACAGGCAGGCGCCAUCCGCUGCCUCGCUGCUGCAAGAUAUAAGUUGGCGUAAGCAGCUGCCAUGGGCCGUCAAGUGUAUGGAUCUCCUGAACAAGGGCUAACGCAAGUAAUAGGCCAGACUUUACCAUUCCUUUGUUGACUUUCUUUGUUUUUAAGAAGCUUUUGCAAUUAGGCUGCACUGUGUAUGCAAUGCUUAGUAUAUCGAUCGAUCUUCGUUGUGCUUCUAUACAAUUUCAGUAGUAUGAUAUAAGUGAUCAAGUUUCUAGCUGA